CCCCGCCCCCCCCCCCCGCAGCGGGCGGGGCCCCGGGGGCCGCCGCCAUGGCGACGGCGGACGGGCGCUGCCGCUCCAGAGAGCGAGCGGCCGGCGCCCCCGCGCGGGGGCGGCUGCGCGGCACGGCGGCGGCCGCGCCGUGGAGGCCAGGCGGGCGCCCUCCGCGGCGCUCUGCUGCCUCGGCGUCCUCGGCGCCCUCGGCGCCUGCGCCAGCGGGUCGGCGUUCCUGGGCGGCGGCGCGCCGCGGCCGGCGGCCGCGGCAGAGAGGGCCCUGCAGCCCGCCGCGGGCGCGGCGCGGGCCCGGCGGGGCGUCCUGGCGGCGGGCCUGGCCGCGGCCCUGGGAGGCGCGGCCGAGGAGGCGUGGGCGCGAGAUGCGAGGCAAGACUCGAUCUGUUCGGUGAAGUGCCUCGACAUAUGCAAGGAGAAGUUGACCAACUCGACGAAGAACAUGAAAUACUGCGACUACACCUGUGCGAAGUACUGCGACGGCUCGAAGGCCGAGAAGGCCGCCAAGGAGAGCGUCGAGCGCGGCGACUGGGGCGCCCGGAUCACGCAGGACGCCCGCACGGACACGUUCAAGGAGUCGAGGUUGAACGAGAAGAAGAUGACGGUCGUUGACAAGAUGUUUGGAAACACGUUCAGGCCGAACGCCUCCGACUUCAGGGACGGGAUCUACGAGGUCGGCAACAAGAGGUGAAUCUAGGCCUCGCGACGGAGCGCGGUAGCUGCGGCGGCGGCACCCGGGCCCGUGGGAGGGGACGCAUGGCAGCGGCCGCGCCCAGGCGCCGCCCUGUGCGCGCGCGCGCGUGCUGCGGCAGCCGCGGCGCGGCCGGGUACAGCCGCGCGGGGAGCCCGCAGAGGCCAUGCGUUUCGGAGACGCCCGGCAGCGAGCGCCCGCCCGCAUCUCGGGGCUCAGGAGACGGGGGUCCAUGCAAACGGGGGUCAGUCAGAGCGCCGGAUCCUGCAGGAUCCUGCGCCCGAGCCCGUGGAUCCCGCCAGGCCUGACGAGCCCGGGUGUGCACCGACCCCGGUCAGUGCGUCCCCGAGCAACGCAGGGAAGGGCGGGGCGGGGCGGGCCUCCGCGCGGCGCCGCGGCAGCGGCGCCGGCUCCCCGCGGCGGCCGAAAAAGGGGAAGGA